CGCGCCACGCUCCGCCUUGGUCGCCGCUCGGUCCCGGCGCUGGGGUGCGGCGGGGGUGGGAGCGGGCCCGACUCAGCCUGAUUUACGGCUCUGCUGAAAACCGCUUCGCUCCCGCAGCAUCAGCACCCGCCGCGGCGGCAGCAUCAGCAGCUGCAGCUGCAGCAACAAGUCGGGACUUUUGAGUAAUGCAACAGAAGGCUUUUGAGGAAAACAGAUACCCCUGGCAGGAGUCCUUCGAGAAUGUUGCUGUGUGCCUGCCAUUCCGCUGCCCGAGGUGUGGAGACCAUACCAGAUUUAGAAGCCUGUCGUCCUUGAGGGCCCAUCUGGAAUUCAGUCACAGCUACGAGGAAAGAACCCUCUUGACAAAAUGCAGCCUCUUUACUUCCCUCAGAGACACAGACCUAGUCACUUCCUCAGAACCCCUGAAACAGGGAAAGUUGCAGAGCAGUGGCAAUGUGGUAAAGCAGAAACCGAGCUAUGUGAACCUGUAUAGCAUUUCGCAUGAACACUCAAAGGACAGGAAGCCAUUUGAGGUGGUAGCAGAGAGGCCUGUGUCCUAUGUGCAGACCUUCACUGCGAUGGACCUGCGUGCAGACUCACUGGAUGGACCACGAUCGAGUCCUGGGCUUCCCACCUCCGACACCAAAGCUGCUUUUGAGGCACAUGUCAGAGAAAAAUUCAAUCGGAUGGUCGAGGCCGUGGAUAGGACCAUCGAGAAGCGAAUCGAUAAACUCACCAAAGAGUUGGCCCAGAAAACUGCUGAACUGUUGGAAGUUCAGGCAGCUUUUGUGCAGCUGACGCAGAAAAAGCAGGAAGUUCAGAGGCGAGAGCGGGCCCUGAAUAGACAGGUGGAUGUGGCGGUGGAGAUGAUUGUUGCCCUGAGGCAACGUCUGACAGAAUCUGAGGAGGAGCUUCUUAGGAAAGACGAAGAAGUUGUUACAUUCAACCAUUUCCUGGAAGCAGCAGCUGAGAAGGAGGUUCAAGGGAAAGCUCGACUCCAGGACUUCAUCGAGAAUCUGUUGCAGCGGGUAGAACUGGCGGAAAAGCAGUUGGAGUAUUAUCAGAGCCAGCAGGCCGCCGGCCUCUGCCGUGACAUCACUGAGCAUGUGCUUACGGAUAUCUCCUCAAAUAGGAAACCCAAAUGCCUAAGCCGAGGGCACGCACAUUCUGUGUGUAACCACUCUGAUCUCAAGAUCCAUUUCCACCCAAAGGGAAGAAACUACCUGAAAAAAGCCAAGGAUGACAGAGCCAGCAUGCAGCCUGCCAAGUCCAUCCAUGAACAAGCUGAGUCCUCAAGAGAACUCUGCAGACCACCGAAGAAAGGGGAGCCCCUGGGUUUUAGCCGGAAAGGCAACAUCAGGCCCAAAAUGGCUAAAAAAAAACCAACAGCAAUUGUGAACAUCAUCUAAAAGGGUGGGUGGCUCUGAAUCACCAUUGCUGGGCUUUGGGGAAUGUUGUUCCAGGGGCCAAUAAUAAUGUCCUUUUGGACACAUCCCAUAGUAAGACAUAUUGGAAAAGCAACAGGGCAUAAUACGUUUAUCUUGUAUCCAUACAAGAACUUUGAUUAACCAGAAUUUAACAAGCCAGAAUUUCAGUGAAGCAUAUUUGGUACAGACCUCUUUUAGAAGCAAGAGGCAAAUUACAGAAAGAAUAAAAAAAUUAAGCAAUCUUACUCCAAGGUUUGCGUAAAACAAAGCUCCAACUUCUAAAAUAAUUAGCCUAGUCUCCAGUCAUUUCUGCAUAUGGGGUUCUGUGCAAAUCCAGAAAUCCAAAUCCAUUGCUGGAUGGUCGAUUCUGACUCAUAGUGAUCCUAUAGGACAGAGUAGAACUGCCCCGUAGGGUUUCCAAGGAGCACAUGGUGGAUUCAAACUGCUGACCUUUUGGUUAGCAGCCGGAGCGCUUAACCACUAUGCCGCCAGGGUUUCUGAGGUUCUGUGCAGUGGUCAUUAAUUCUCAGACCCAGGGCCACACAAGAAAUCAGGCACCAGGAGAAAAUUCAUCAGUGGCCACUGUUCUCUAAAUUGUGAAGCGAGAAAUGGGAAUGUAAAGUUCUGUCAAUAGCUGUAAAAUGAAAAUAUUUUUGUUUGCUUUUAACCUUCCCCUCAGUGAAUUUGAAAGCCCCCCACAUCAGGAUUCCUGUUUCCCCCAAGUAUUCUGGUGUAAUCAACGUUCCAAUGUUUGAAGUGCUCAAGAGGCUUGUCCAGGCUGACUUCAGUUUUUCUCAUUUCAAAGGCCCAUUUUUCAGUUUAUUUGAUGUAGGAUUUUUGUUUCCCUAAGAUGCAUGUUUUUUCAGACUUCAGUCCAUCUCUGCUUUUUCCUUUGGCUGAGAAUUCUGUACCCUCAGACCGUAGUGCCAGCCUGCAUCUUACACACUGCUUCUGUUGCCAUGCUUGGGGAAGGCAGUACAGCCCUUCUGGUCCCACUCCUCCUUGGCGCGGCGUCGGAGUGGUUGGAAUGCCAGCGAACCGCACAUUCAGUACACUGGGAGCCCUUCUGGAAGCCCUGCAGAUGCUGCCCAGCCCUUCUCACAGCCUGGCUCCCCUCGCGCUGUUGGCGGCCUCUCUCUCUGAGCUGUGGGCAUGACCUUCUCUUCGCUGGCCUAACUUUUCCACCAGGCAGCGUGCUUCACCUUCUGCUGCUUCGCUGCCAUUUUAUGACUAAAAUAUACGUUCUUAACCUUUUAACCAAGAACCUGAAAUGUUCACUGUAGACUGCUUUCUAAAGUAAUUUCUGAAACAAACAGUGCAUGUGGGAUCCAGAAUCUGAGGCUGUCCUCCCCUCCCUCUCUUAAAAUGGCUUUUGUUUCCACAAAGCAUUGUUAGGAACCUCCUGAAGUAAGAUUUUCUUCCAGAAUGAAUUUCCAUGUUCCUUUUUUUUUUUUUAAUU